CCCUGAUUCCUCCACCUUGGUUUUUAGGGUUUUCGUUAUUCCGGUUCUAUAGAGAACAUUCGUUCAUACGAAGUGCCUACAAUAAAUUUUUUUUUUUCUCUAUGGCGCAGAUGAGCCAAUCACCAGAUCAUCAUUCAACGGACCAUCAGCAUGCAGCCAAAGGUUCAGAGGUUUUCGUUGGUGGUCUGGCCCGUACAACAACUGAAAACAAGAUACGCGAGGUAUUUUCUACUUGUGGGGAAAUCACUGAAAUACGCAUGAUGAAGGACCAGGGAGGCAACUCAAAGGGGUUUUGCUUUGUAAGGUUUUCAAUGAAAGAGAGCGCUGUUAAAGCUGUGAAAGAAAAAUCUGGAUUUAUGCUAGAGGGAAAAAAGAUCGGUGUUCUCCCAUCAACAAAUAAGGAUUCUUUGUUUUUAGGGAACCUUCAUAAAGAUUGGAGUGCAGAUAAUUUUGAUAAAAUAAUACGCCAGGUUUUUCCAGACGUUGUAUCGGUUGAUCUUGCAACGCCCUUGAGCAGUGGAGACACGAGUCUUGGUCAAAAGCAACAAAAUAGGGGUUUCGCCAUUGUGAAAUUUUUGUCAUAUGCUGCUGCAGCACGAGCAUAUAGGGCAGGGUCCAAACCCGAGUUUCUUCUUGCUGGAAAGUGUCAUCCAGUUGUAAAGUGGGCGGAAGAGGAACCUGAAGUCGAUCCAGAUGAACUUGCUAAGGUAAAAAUAGCAUUUGUUAGAAAUCUUCCGACAGAUUCUGAUGAAGAUUACCUGAAGGAGUUAUUUGAGCCUCUUGGACAGUUGGAUAGAGUGGUGCUAUCCAAGAAGAGUCGCUCCCCAGUCGGGUUCAUUCACUUUGCUUUACGAUCAGACCUUGAUAUUGCAAUCAAGGAAAUGAAUGGAAAAACAGUCCAAGGACCAAAUGGGGGCCCUUCAUUUAAGCUCGUGGUGGAAGUUGCAAGGCCUAUAGAGAAAACUCGGAAGCGACCUUAUGAUGAUCCUCAAAGCAAACCAGCCAGUAAAAUUCCAAGUUAUUCCCAACAAAGGGAUGAUCAGAUCUCUAGUCCCCCUUGUGGUUCUAAAUCCAAAGCUCCAAAAGUGAAUAUUUCACUACAGGAGCCUGUGGUUACUGAUCCAUAUGAAGCUGCUGUAGUCUCAUUGCCUGUGGCUGUUAAAGAGCGUUUACUCCGAAUCUUACGGCUUGGUAUUGCUACUCGAUUUGAUAUGGAUAUUCAAUGUCUAACCAGCCUCAAGGAACUACCUGAAUCUACUGCUAUAUCUGUCCUUGAUCAGUUCAUGUUAUCAGGGGCAGAUAGGCUUAAUAAGGGAGCAUACCUUGCUGGGUUAAUUUCUAGGCACCAGGUUGAUAAUCUGGGACUCAAUCAACAAACUUCAAAUACGUCAAGAAUAGGGGAUAUUGCCUUUAUGGAAUCAAAACUGUCCAGCAUUUAUAGUAGAGUUCCUGUGCCAGCUGCCGAUCCUCUUUCCUCUCGUGUAAGCUCAACUAUGAGCAGGUAUGACCAUUACACAUCUCGAUAUUCCUCACUGCUUUCAGAUUAUCCUUUAUCUAGUCGGGCAGGUUAUGUAAAAUUGGAGGAAAGUAGUCCGUCCUUGUUGCACCGAACACCAGGGUCUUCUACACCUUAUGGCACAGUUGGAUUGGAUUCUCAGCUUACAGGUGCUACUGAUCGUCAACCCAGCCGACCCCAAGUAAGGUUUGAUCCCUUUACAGGUGAACCUUACAAAUUUGACCCUUUCACUGGUGAGCCAAUUCGUCCGGAGAGUUUAACCAACCAUUUUGGAAGUCCAUACUGAUUCUCAGCGCUCCUCUCUUUGAUAGUUCGGUCACUGCGUGUUGGAUUUGAGGUUUUAGUUGCUUUCUCAUGUAUGGCUUUAAACAGCUUUGUGAGGCUGGUUGCCGGGAGAGGCAAAAGUAGAUGGCAGGUGCCAUUUACAAGAUGCUUGUGUUAAUGAUCAGAUAAUGUUAUUACAAUUUGGUCUGUUCCCAA